AUGUGGAUAUCUGGAAACUACUCAGAUUUGGUCAUAGACAGUCCUUAUCCCAAUAGUGAGACGUUCAUAACCCCCGCGUCAGCUGCUAUGAGCUGCAUCUCGUCUUUCCCUUUUCCUAUGAACUCUCAAGGGUAUGUGGAAGUGAAUAUUUACCUGGAUCCUGCAGUGCCAAGUGAUCUGUUGACAGUGUUGGCUUUCCAAGGCAUCGGUGGUGAUGAUGAUCCGACGAUAUCAUUCGUAGGAAUGGCUUCAGCUAAUUCCGUUCUUAUAAUUGACUCGUUCCGAUUCAUACAACCAUCGGUAAAUGCAGAGGAUAGCAUCUGUGAUAUUUACAAAGAAGAAGUACCGAGUACAACAGAACCAACAGUUAUUACCGACAUGCCAUCUACAACCAAUGACACUACAACUGAAAUUUCAACGGUAACAGAAAUAGCUUCUACGACCAUCGUCUUGGAGCCUUCAACUUCAGAGCCCACUACAACAAACGAUGAAAUAACAACAGUCUUAAUACCGGAUAUAACAACUGAAACAACAAUAGAUAUAACUACAACAGAACCAACAGUUAUUACCGACAUGCCAUCUACAACCAAUGACACUACAACUGAAAUUUCAACGGUAACAGAAAUAGCUUCUACGACUAUCGUCUUGGAGCCUUCAACUUCAGAGCCCACUACAACAAACGAUGAAAUAACAACAGUCUUAAUACCGGAUAUAACAACUGAAACAACAAUAGAUAUAACUACAACAGAACCAACAGUUAUUACCGACAUGCCAUCUACAACCAAUGACACUACAGCUGAAAUUUCAACGGUAACAGAAAUAGCUUCUACGAACAUCGUCUUGGAGCCUUCAACUUCAGAGCCCACUACAACAAACGAUGAAAUAACAACAGUCUUAAUACCGGAUAUAACAACUGAAACAACAAUAGAUAUAACUACAACAAAACCAACAGUUAUUACCGACAUGCCAUCUACAACCGAUGAUACUACAACUGAAAUUUCAACUGUAACAGAAAGAGCUUCAACGACCACCGUCGUGGAGCCUUCAACUUCGGAGCUCACUACAAUAACUGAUGAAAUAACAACAAUAGAUACAAUUACAAGAGAACCAACAGUUAUUACCGACAUGCCAUCUACAACCGAUGAUACUACAACUGAAAUUUCAACUGUAGCAGAAAUAGCUUCAACGACCACUGUCUUGGAGCCUUCAACUUCGGAGCUCACUACAAUAACUGAUGAAAUAACAACAAUAGAUACAAUUACAAGAGAACCAACAGUUAUUACCGACAUGCCAUCUACAACAGAUGACAUUACAACUGAAAUUUCAACUUUAACAGAAAGAGCUUCAACGACCACCGUCUUGGAGCCUUCAACUUCAGAGCCCACUACAACAAACGAUGAAAUAACAACAGUCUUAAUACCGGAUAUAACAACUGAAACAACAAUAGAUAUAACUACAACAGAACCAACAGUUAUUACCGACAUGCCAUCUACAACCGAUGAUACUACAACUGAAAUUUCAACUGUAACAGAAAGAGCUUCAACGACCACCGUCUUGGAGCCUUCAACUUCGGAGCUCACUACAAUAACUGAUGAAAUAACAACAAUAGAUACAAUUACAAGAGAACCAACAGUUAUUACCGACAUGCCAUCUACAACCGAUGAUACUACAACUGAAAUUUCAACUGUAACAGAAAUAGCUUCAACGACCACCGUCUUGGAGCCUUCAACUUCGGAGCUCACUACAAUAACUGAUGAAAUAACAACAAUAGAUACAAUUACAAGAGAACCAACAGUUAUUACCGACAUGCCAUCUACAACAGAUGACAUUACAACUGAAAUUUCAACUUUAACAGAAAGAGCUUCAACGAGCACCGUCUUGGAGCCUUCAACUUCGGAGCUCACUACAAUAACUGAUGAAAUAACAACAAUAGAUACAACUACAAGAGAACCAACAGUUAUUACUGACAUGCCAUCUACAACAGAUGACACUGCAAACUUACCACCAGACAUUUUUACUACUAAUACAGAAAAUCCAGUAACAGAAGACGUAUUAAUAUCUACCCAAAAAGCACCUGUGAUCAAAGACUUCUAUUUAAAUAGAAUUCUUUGCCUGUGA